AUGUCUGAUCAACAAGAACAAGAGACCAAGCAAACCUCAGAGCAAGAAGUCGGAGCCAACGCUGACGCUGCUGCCUCCGGUUCAGGUGCUCUAAGUCUCGGUGGCAACGCCUCUUCCAAGAAGACCGAGGAGCGCAAGAAGCCCAAGAAGCUCGGCCAGAAGAGCAACAACAACACUCCGCAGAAGGAAGAUAACGAAGACGAAGGCAUAGGCGAGGAAGUCCAAUCACCAUCCCCAGCACCCAAAAUGGAGCAGCAACAAGCACGAUCACAGUCUCGCGGCGGCCGCGGUCGCUCUCGCAACGGUAGCCAGCCACCAUCCGAUACCGACAGUGCCUACCGAAGCGAUGUCUCUCAGAAGGGUAAGAGAAACCGCAAUCGCAACAGAGGGAAAGGCGCACAAGCGCAGUCCCAAGCUCAAACUCAGCAAGGCGGCGGCGGCGGCGGUCUUCUCGGCGGUGGCGGCGGCGGUCCUCUCGAUGCUGUCGAUGAGGUUGGCGAGACUGUCAGCGGCGUUACCGAUGGUGCCCAGGACCUCGUCGGCAACACGGCCGGCAAGGCCCUCAGCAAGCCUCACGAAGCUAUUGGUGGUCUGCUUAACAACAAAGGCGGCAAGAAGGGCCAGGGCCAGGAGGUGGGACAGGGAGAGGGAGGGGAAGAUGAGGGCGAGAACGAGCAGCUGAGGCUCAGGCUGGAUCUUAACCUCGACAUCGAAGUCCAGCUCAAGGCGAGAAUCCACGGUGACCUUACUCUAGGCUUGCUGAACUAG